AUGUUCAGAAAAUUUACAAAUAGUAUUGAGUAAUUUUUUUAAAUAAAUAAUAAAUAUCAUUAAUAAUAUUUAAAAGAUUGCUCCCGUCUUAUAAAAAAUAGAAGAAUUCCUUUUAAAUUUUUAAAAUAAAGCACAAUUAAUUAAAUUAAUAAAAUUGAGAUUAAUUAUUAACAAAAAUAAUAAGUAAAAAAGUAACAUAUUUUACAAAUAUUAAGAAAAAAAUCAAACAUAAUGUAAGAGUAGAAAUAGUUAUAAUUUAAUAUGGCUGAUUUUUUAAGCUCUGAAUAAUACUGUAGAACUCUAUCAAAGCUUUGUCUUAGCUUUGAAAAAUAAAAUAUUAGAAACAAUGGCUUUUUACUUAUAAAUUCUAGCUUAGCUAAAUGUACAAAUCUUCAAGCACUAAAUCUUAAUCUUUUCUAGAAUAAUCUAGGAGAAAAUUCAGCUUAUAAUUUGGCUUUAACAUUAGAAAAUUAUACUUUUUUAGAAACUUUGGAAUUAGACCUUGGUUAAAACAGUAUUGGAUCAAAAGGUUUAUAAUAUCUUGCUUAAGCAUUAUCAAAAUUAACUAAUCUAUAGAUAUUGAAUAUGAAUCUAAGGUAUAAAUUAUUUAUUAAUUUUUUCUAAGAAAUAUGUUAGUAAUUAGCUGAUAAACUUGAAUUACCUCAUUCAUUUGUAUAAUACCAAAAACUGUAAGUAACAUACUGCAAUUUAUUAUUCACAAUAAAACUUUAGUAUAUGACUGAAAAUGGUUAUUUUUAAUUAAUCUAUUUAGAAUAAUAAUGA